GGAUCUUACGGCCUCUCCGUACUACACUCAAGUUUCACUUUAGCCCAACCAGCCGUCUACAAAGAGCUUCAUUCAUAUCAACGACCGCAGCAAUGGCCCAGGAGUUCAAGCUCAAGGAUGUCACAUCCCUACAGAUGAAGAAUGGGGAGAAGAAGGAGGUCGAAGUCGAAGGCGUUGAGGGCGGAAAGGUACUGCUGCUGAAGGUCCAAGAUCAGGUUCAUGCUACAAGCUCAAAUUGCACACAUUACGGGGCUCCCCUUGUCAAAGGUGUAUUGACACCAGAGGGUCGAUUAACCUGCCCAUGGCACGGAGCUUGCUUCAAUGUCUCGACCGGAGAUGUUGAAGACGCACCUGCUCUCGAUCCCAUCGCGAAGUACGAAGUAGUCGAGAAGGAUGGCGCCGUAUAUGUCAAGACGACACAAGAGGCGCUCAAGGCCAACCGGAAGUUCCUGAAUAUCAAGUGUUCAUCAGUGAGCGAAGACAAGGUGCUCGUCAUUGGAGGUGGUUCCGGUACGCUUGGUGCAAUUGAGGGUCUACGAGGCGGUGGAUACACUGGCAAGAUUACCGUAAUCUCCAAGGAGGGGUACCAGCCCAUUGAUCGAACCAAACUGUCCAAAGCCUUGCUGGCCGAUAUAUCGAAAGCGGCGUGGAGGCAAAAGGAGUUCUACAUGGACGCCUCUAUUGACAUCAUCGAAGACGAGGCCAAGAGCAUCGACUUCUCUGGCAAAACGGUAUCGACCAAGUCAGGAAAAGAAUACGACUACUCAAAGCUGGUCCUGGCAACAGGCGGCACGCCCAGAUGGCUCCCUCUUGACGGGCUAAAAGGUGACCUGGGCAACGUCUUCCUCCUCCGCACUCUACCCGACGCACAAAACAUUCUCAAGGCUGUUGGAGAUAAUGGAAAGAAAGUGGUUGUCGUCGGCAGCUCUUUUAUCGGUAUGGAGGUCGGUAAUUGCCUUGCGAGCAUGAAGAACGAUGUGACUAUCAUCGGCAUGGAAGAGGAACCAAUGGAGCGGGUGAUGGGUAAGAAGGUCGGUGCUAUCUUCCGAGGUCUGCUCGAGAAGAACGGCGUCAAAUUCCAGAUGAGCGCAAGUGUCGAUAAGGCGACGCCAUCAAAGGACGACUCAUCAAAGGUUGGUGGUGUGCACCUGAAAGACGGCACUGUAUUAGAGGCCGACCUUGUUAUUGAGGGCGUUGGUGUUGCGCCCGCGACAGAGUACCUCAAGGGCAACUCGAGUGUGACUCUGGAGAAGGACGGAUCACUGAAGACGGAUGAGUCGUUCGCAGUCAAUGGGCUAAAGGACGUGUAUGCCAUUGGCGACAUUGCAACAUACCCCUAUCACGGCCCUGGCGGCGAUGGGUCACCAGUCCGGAUAGAGCACUGGAACGUUGCGCAGAACGCCGGACGUUCAGUGGCUCACACGAUCAAUAACCCGGGAUCCAAGCCGAAGCCCUUUAUCCCGGUCUUUUGGUCAGCCCUUGGAUCGCAGUUGCGGUACUGUGGUAACACGGUGGGUGGCUACGAUGACGUGAUGCUCCAAGGCGAGCCAGAUAAAGCAUCAUUCGUCGCCUACUACACAAAGGGAGAGACGGUUGUUGCGGUUGCCAGUAUGAUGAAGGAUCCCUACAUGACUCAGGCGGCCGAGCUCAUGAGGAGGAAGGUGAUGGCGAGCAAGAGUGAAUUGCAAAAGGGAGUUGAUAUCAUGGAGAUUGGGCUUCCUAACGAGAUUAAAAUGUAAAGCAGUCCAGGCCGAGUAGGCGGUGUAGAGGAAACUCAAUGCGAAGCAAAUGUAGAUAUGCGCAAACGAGAGACUGUGAGGCUAUCCAUGCAAAGGGAGGUCAUGGCAGAUGAUGGCGGGGGUGGAGGAUGUGUGGCAUGGCGGCCGAGUAAGAUGAAGGAAGCGAUAGUAGUAUUUACAGA